AUGACUACCUUAAACCACACUGAUGUCAUCCACACAGUCUUCCGCUUGCUGGGCAUCCCUGGCCUUGAAUACCAGCACAUGUGGAUUUCCAUCCCCUUCCUCAUUUCCUACGUCAUCACUCUCCUUGGGAACAGCCUGCUCAUCUGCAUCAUCCUCACAAAGCGCAGCCUCCAUGAGCCCAUGUACCUCUUCCUCUGCUUGCUGGCCGGAGCAGACAUUGUCCUCUCCAUAUGCACAGUGCCUCAGGCCCUGGCCAUCUUCUGGUUCCAUGCUGGGGAGAUCUCCCUGGAUCGCUGCAUUGCCCAAUUCUUCAUCAUCCACUGCUCCUUCAUGUCUGAGUCAGGGAUCUUGCUGGUGAUGGCCUUUGACCGCUUCAUUGCCAUAUGCUACCCACUGAGGUACACCACUAUUCUUACACAUGCGCUGAUUCAGAAAAUUGGUGUGACAGUCUUUCUCAGAAGUUAUUGUACAAUUUUCCCAAUCAUAUUUCUUUUAAAAAGGUUGACUUUCUGCCAAAACAAUAUCAUUCCACAUACCUUCUGUCAACACAUUGGUUUGGCCAAAUAUGCUUGUAAUGACAUUCGAGUGAACAUCUGGUAUGGACUUUUUGUCAUAAUGUCAACAGUGGUCUUAGAUGUCCUGCUAAUUUUUGUUUCCUAUCUAGUGAUUCUCCAUGCUGUCUCCCACAUGCCUUCCCAAGAUACUCACCACAAAGCUCUCAACACAUGUGGCUCACAUGUCUGCAUCAUCAUCCUUUUUUAUGGGCCUGCGAUCUUCAUAACCCUUACUCAGCGGUUUGGACGCCACAUUCCACCUCAUAUCCACAACUGUCUUGUUGGCUAA